AUGUCAGAACAGUCGUCUCUGGAACUGAAGCUAGAGCGAAUCUCCGCCAAUCAAAGAUAUGCUGGAGUCGAAAAUUUCGGUGCAAGUGAGCUACCAUUGAACGAGGUCCAGUUGGCCUUCAAGCUGUACUAUCUGCGCUGUGAAUUGCAGCUCAGCCAGGCGAUAAAAUCUCACAUGUCAAUAUGCAAUGAACCGAUGCAGCAUAUUAUCUCCACCUUUUCUUGA